AUGCCUGGCAAGUCGUGGGCUGAGCAUUGUAAUGACAAGAAUCCACAGAUGCCUGAUGAACAAUGGGAUCGCAAUGCACCUAUGCCUGCUUCUUUUAAUUAUAUGUUUAAAAAGAAAACCAGUAACGGUGGCGGAGCGAUGGCCGUAAAGUAUGAGAAUACCAAACAGGUCGCUGUCAAUUGUGCUAAGUUGGUCAAACAGGGGACUUUCGCCGGUAUGCAAUGGAUUAAAGACAAGUAUCAGAAACCCACCCAAAAACGCUGA